AUCUUCAACUUCCUACAUAAUCAUAUUUAACUCCAAAAUCCUCUUCAAACUAGGACGUAACACAUAUAAGCACCUCAGUACUAUCCAAUUAUCAUGGCUGAUUUCUUAACAUCCUCAGCCACUGGGGAAAAGGAACUCCGUAUGUCAAGCCGGGCACAUGAAGCACCUUCUGACGAUGUGGUUGAACCGUCUGCAAAACGUGUACGAACAUCUUCACCUAUAGUUUGGAAGACACUUGGUGAAGCUCGAGUUAAAUUUUGGAGAGAUCAUGGAACCUGGCCGACAGGGCAGGAAGAGAUAUCAAUGGAAACAAUAGAAUCGUUUCGAGAUAUGGCUAAGUAUAUGCGUGCCCAAAAAAGACCCUCGAGUCGCAUAGGCUCAGACGCUAAUUUGGAUACGGAGACAUCUUCAUCUGAAUUGCAAGGCAGUCUAAAUUUGGAGGAAAAGAAGAAUGCUCCAUAUAUACAUCCAUAUUUCGAAAUAUAAAUGGAAGAAUUUGGUAGUUUCAUGGAUGAAUCCCACGAAGGCAUUGAUGCUAAAGUUUUGUGAUACGCUUCUGGAUUCACCACAGCUACCACCUGAAAAUACUCUAUUCUGACGAUAAGCUUUUUCAAAAGACGCUGUCAAGGACGAGAUGCGCAAACAAGUCUGAAGUGGUUCGCGACAUUGCACAGCUCAUUGUUCCUUCGGCUGAAAUAUCAGCUGAUCGAGGAGCCGAUCACUUGAAGAUUCUGAAAGAGACUACCAAUGAAUGUGAGAAUUUGGGCCCACUAUAUGGUUAUUUAUGGAGAUGAGGUCAGGUUUUAUCGUCAUUUGAUUGCGCUCUUUAGUAUACGGCAAACGUUAUGUCAAGAUGAGAGAUGGACGGCAUAUACUUUUGUUAAGAAUAUCUAUGACUUAUGGGCUCCUCAACAUUUCAAAGGAAUCUGCUCGGUUAUCGAUAUGUUACCGCCAGAUUUGACUGAUGUCUCUGAGCGGGAUUAAGGAUUUACCUCCAGAGGUACCUAGGAGAAAUAUCAGAUGUCCAUAGUUAGGAGGAUUACGAAUAUUAGAUAUAGCAAUG